CUGCUACUUCUUCUAAAUAUUUAUUAGUAGACUAUUAAUAGGCUGUUUACAGAGUUGUAGCCUAAAUAAUAGGCUGUUUUAACAAACUCAUAUCAACUUUGCCUGCUGUUCUAAACAUGUCAUUAAGUCAAUGCAUUGCAGGUCGAUAAUGCAAACGUCACGAUGCCUGUUUUUGAGGUCAUUUCCUAUUCAAGGUUUAUGAUACUGAUUACAAUGAUAAACAUUGAGAGCGCGCGCGCCAGCGGUUGCCAGAUUGGGUCAAAUUCCUACUGAACACUUUGGCGAGUACAAAAUCGUUGUAUUAAUUACUCUACUCUCUAAAGAUUAGAGUUUAGGCUUUUAAGAGUGAUUAGUGAUGAGUAUAAAUUGUAAUCAGCAGGUACUGUAGUGUGGAAACCCUGUAAAAUAAUGGGGGGGGGGGCCGCGGGGAGCGGUUGCUUGGUUACUGGUAGAGGGCGGGGUCAGCCCGAAUAUAAACGCAUGGAGGGGAAAUAAAAGAAGACAACAAACCCUCGAAAUGUAGGCCAACGUGCGUGACCCACUUACACACACACACACACACACACACACACACACACACACACAUACAAAACAGAAUCCUUAAAUAGUGCACUAUAGUAACUUUACAUUAGUGCUACGUGUAUACAGUAACAUACAGUUGUAACACAUAGUUGCUGUAGCAUUCUAAACUGUUGAACCCAGGGAUAGAGUGACAUUUUGUUCAUAUUCAAGUUCCUUCCUAAAAACUUGCGGAUAAAUAUAAUGCCCCGGCUAACAACGUGUGUGUUGGUGAAGCCAAUUAAUUUAAGCCAUAGUCCUAUUUUCACAACUGUAUGAGAAAUAUAAUAUAAAGCGAUUAUUCAUUCAUCUCUUCGGUAAACGUAUCAUCCUGGUUAGGGUCGUGGUGGAGCCGGAGCAGUCCAUCCAUCACAGGACACCAUGCAUAUACAUUUAGGGGCAGUUUAGCAUAGUCAAUCCACCUAACAGCGUUUUUAUUUUGUGUGUGUGUGUGAGGAAACCAUCACAAACACGGGGAGAACAUGCGGAAAAAGUCAGUAACUCCAGCUCAGGAUCGACCCAGAGACUGUGGAGUUGUGAGGCAGCGAUGCUCCGUAGUGAACCACCAUGCUGCCUGUAGAAUGUUUAUUUGUUUAUUUACAUUUGUGAAUGUUGGCCUAGUUUCUUGGGUGUUUUAGCAGAAAAAAAGGAACCUGGACUAAUACAAAAUGACAUUUGAAUAGGCAGAGCAAGGUCCACCAUAUGGAAAAAUGACUUCCUGCCCUUGUGUUACAGCUCUGUGCAGACUACACUAACAGGCCUGUAUUGAAAUAGUAUGUGGCGCUACUGACAUUCUAUUUAGCACAGCAGCAUGUCGUCUGGAUGGCAGCCCAAGUGUGAUCAAGGAGAUCCCUCCUCUCACCUUGGCACGACUCCAGUUCUUGUGUAUUUUUCUUUCAGAGUGCCAGGGUAAUUUCCAGAGAGGGUUUGUAUGUGGAAGAAGCAAAACACAGGAGCAUGACCUUAAUUUAACAUGUUGCAACAAACCAUGGUUUGUGAUGUUAUGGCAGACGAUUUCCUCCAGCAAACCACAGCCUUCAGAAUAUGUUAGUGAAAGAUGUUAGAUGACCUGUUUUAAAAAAAAAAAAAAAAAUUUUUUUUGCCCCAAACCCUUGAACAACAUCCACAGACCCACUACAAUCAGCACACAUAAAAUCUCAGGCUCAGAUUAACCCACAAACUAUAAUUAACUCCUGCAUUCAAGAUUGCCUUGGAGUAUUGACGUGUCCUAUUUGAUUUUAUGGAAAUAACAUUCAUUUGACAAACAUGUCAUUAAAUUACUGAUGAAAUAAAUGGAGUGCUAAGAUUAAAAAAUGGAUUCAUGUAAACUGCAACAGAUUACUGUGUCCACAGAAGAAGGUCACCAGCAUCAGGUCGCUCAAAGUGUUUUGUGGAGGAGUAUCGGGUGUUUUUGGCUCUACUUCCCUUGCCAGAGUGCUGACAACAGGAGAUCGUGGAGACUGAAGUGUCAUCUUGUGGUUCCACACAUGGACAACUGGCGGUAUCUCCCUCAGUCAGGGGGUGACGAGUCCAAACUCUCCACCUCAGGCAUCCAACCAGAUUGUAACUGCGAGGCCAGACAGGUCAAAAGAGAACCAGGUGACUCAGUUAUCACUACAAGAGUCAGGAUGGAAGAGCAUUCAGAUGUUCCCUGCAAGGUGCCUCGCUUCCAGUAUGUUGACUUCCCCUCACUACACCAAUGCAUCAAGCAGCUAUCUGUGCCACCACUGGAGGGUUGGCUAGCCUCAUGCCCACUUGGAAAGGUGCCAUCACACCGUCCCAGCAGCCCAAAGGAGAAGGUGCCCAAGUUUAAAUAUGUGGACUACCCAUCACUCUACCACUGCAUCCAGCAGCUUUCUGUGCCUCCAUUGGAGAUCUGGAGCUCAAAGCUUACAAAGCCCAGCACAGGUGGGUUACAGACAGACACAGUAGGGGUGCAGUGCCCCUCUCAGGUGCUUGGAGAUAGAAGGAAAAAUGAAGAGACGCAAGAAAAUAGAGCAGAACAGCAAAGCAAGAAAAAGAGGGGGAGUGGGAGCACAGUACAUGUCCCAAUUCCAGGGCCGGCAGUCCUGCAGCACAUGAAAGGUACACAUCCAAGCUCGGUCUCGGAGAAGGAAGAGAAUUCCCAAGGAGAUUCCAACAUGCACCAAAAGCACUCUGGUUUUAGCUCAGAUUGUGUUUCUAGAUCUGAGUCAGGUUCUAGACCAGAACUGGACAGAGCAGCAGAAGAUAAUGAGAAAAGUCUCAGGCCAUCUGUUAUCAGCCUGGUGCGUUCAGAAAGACAGAGACACAGAGUGCAACCAGAGGAGCGAGAGAGGUGGAAAUCUCCAGCUCCCAUAACACAGGUGGAGCAGCCACUAGAUCUCGAGUUGGUCUGUCCCCUCGACCAGCAGAUAGUUCUAGAUCCAGUGCAGCACCAAACUCACCAGUGCAGACACAAAGACAAGGGACCACAUUGAUGGCCUGACUUCAAGAUUGGCCACUUUCAGACUCUUCCAAGAUAUCAUCGGUUGUCUGUUGUGGCACUUUGGUCUUAUCAUCUUGUUCAGCAUCUACAGGAUGCUUGUAGUUGACAAGGACUUCUCAGCGAAGAGCAGGAACAAUCUGGUGGUUAUUGACUGAGUGAGAUCAAAAAACAACAGAAACACACCCUUUAGAAUUUUGCCUUCCAAAAUGCAAAGCUAAAAAUGAAAGGUUUUAAAAGCCAAACUGGGCUGUCUAUAAGAGGAUAUUCAGACCAACACAUACAUACAUACAUACCCCUUUGCAUUAUUGGUAAUACCAUCAGUCUAGUGGUACUAAAUAAAAGCUACUGGAAUUUUGAAUACAUUUAUACUUCUGUAAGUUUCGAAAAGAGUGAUUUAAUGCCCAGGUGCUUUGAUCUAAAAACUUCCAAACCUUAAGUGCUGAAAAUUUUCACAGACAUUUUACUGUCCUAAAUGAGUACAGACCAACUGAUACAACACUGUUAGCCUGUGAGGAGAACAUAUCUGGUGAAACCAGCUUUAAGAUCUGACACAGGCACCAGAAUUUUCUGUUAAUAGGAUUUUGGAGAGAUACUUUACAGACUAGCAAACUUGAAGCUCUGAACCAGUUUCCUCAAGAAAAGAUGGAGGCACAAAGAUCAUGAUAAAAUCUCUAUUUUAUCCCCCCAACAACAGAGUCCUGCCAUCAACUGCAGGGUUGAAGUAUGGCGGUGAUGACAGAAUGAAAAUUCAGGCGUAGGAAACUUGAGAAGUGGGUCAAAAACUGAGUGUGAGCAACACUUUGGGCUUUCUCUCUGAAAGAGUCAAGUUGAUCUUGCCUUUGGGAAACCAGACCCAGAGCAGGAUACAAAUGCAUUUCUAAAGACACUGGGGGUUGACAAUUUAGUUCUGGGUGCCUAAAAGAAUGGCUGUUGCUUAUGCUGCAAAAAUGGUUUGUUGAUAAUUUAAUAACUGUUUUUUGGGUUGUUUCUUUUUUUUUUAUUAAUCUUUGUAUUUCUGAAGUGUUUUUAAUGGAAUAUCAUGUACGAGUGCUAAAAUGUAGAGUUAACUUAAUACAUAUAAACUGGUUUUCAAAAUA